AUGCGGUCCUACUUUGGCAUACAUGCUCUUCUUAUAGUGACUGUUAUUCUGAGUCCAGUGACUGCCACAGCAUGGAGUGAAAAAUAUGCUACCGGAGAAGAUCUCUAUCCCCCUUUGUGGGACCUUGCCCCUGAAAACCUGCUGGAUUUCCCAGUAAAGGACAACAAAAUUGUCAUCAAUGCUUGGAACUAUCUAGAACGACUGGGAGUGUAUAAGAUCUUGCUGAACUUUUCAGCCAAGUAUUUUACUGCUUUUGGAUCCCAAAAUUUUGGCAAUAUUCUCUGGGGAUUACCGUUGCAGCACGGGUGGCAAUUUCGCACAGGCAGACUAGCAGAUCCUUCCAGCGUGACUCCCUGUGGCUACAAAGACAGAGACGUCCUAUGCAUAUCUAUAAGAAGCUGGUGGGCCUGUAUGAACUACUACUUGGCUGUCAUACCCUUUCUGGGGGCAGUGGAGGCUGGCCUCUUUGGACAGCUGCCAUACAAGAUAGAAAUAUUGCCACCAGCGGAACAAAGAGCUGAUUUUUGUUACAGUGUUGAUGACUGCCAGUCUCGUAUGCCCAAGCUUAUGGAUGAGUGGAAGGCCUAUUUUGAAUAUCUAUUGACAGAACAUGAAGCCAUGAGCCCUGCAGCUUUCUCCUCCUUCAAACUGGAUGAUGCCCUCAGUCUCAUGUGGAGGGCUCACGUCUCCUCCAUUGCUUGUGCGCUGCCCAAGUUCCAGGACAGCUUAAAGUAUCUCUCUGAUCCAGAAGCAAAUUUUGGUGAAGACUGGGCUAAUGCUGUAGAUUUCAUUGCAGCCACACACUUCUCUACAGAUUUACUGACCACAAAUGAAUUCCAGGCUUUCCUGCCCCAGAGGAUGCUCGUUGAAGGGGAUGUCCCCCCAUCCCUUAAUGACUUCAGUCCACAGCAAAAUACAGUCCUGCUUUCACUGAGAGCUCUUCACAAAGCAAAUAAAUUAUCAGGAGGAUUGGUGCUGAAGCUCUGGCGAAAGGCUAUGUCUACCGAAGCAGGAAGAAUAAUUGGCCGAAAAAUGCUUGAAGGCUUGGUUUCAAGUCGGAACUUUGAUCCAGUGGAAAAUACAAUGAUUUGGAACGAGCUGAUUUAA